AUGGAUCCUCUUCUUGAGCGAUUCAUGCGCCCGCUGUAUCUGUAUCUAUUGAAAGUGUCAGCUUCCGCGGUAUCACUGGAAGAGGGAUACCCUUUCCUUGUUUUGACUGAGGUGUCGGGCUGUGAACCACUCGCGAAGUCGUUUUGCAAGCCUAUAUUGGCUCAGGGGUAG